AUGCUUGUCGCAGCCCGGCUGGGUCGCGCACAGACCCGUCUAUGUCUUGCCCUUGCACCAAAGUCGCCCCUCGUUCUCAGGACAGCGCGCGGACACCCGCCAAACAUCCGUGCGCUAUCAUCCACGGUACCCCGCGCCCACCCUAUCAACAAGCUCGCGCUCAAGACGCAGGAAGAGGAGGAGGAGAACAGCUCCGAUCCCGACGCGAUACCCGCGCACGAACUGAGCGCGGUGAGCGCGCACGAGGCGCGCAGCGAGCAUGCGGUCAUCUCCGCGUUUGACCUGUUCAGCAUCGGAGUGGGUCCGAGUUCGUCGCAUACGGUGGGGCCCAUGCGCGCCGGGAAGAUUUUUAUCACGGAUUUGGCAGAGCUCAAUUUGUUGGAGAAGGUGAAAACUGUCAAGAUCACGCUCUAUGGGUCGCUUGCAGCAACAGGGAAAGGCCAUCACACCCCGCAAGCCAUCCUGCUCGGUCUUGAAGGCUCCGACCCCGAGACAAUCGACACUGGCACGAUACCCUCGCGCUAUGCAGCCAUUCUGGACAACAAAUACCUCAUGCUCGGCGGGUGGCACCGCAUCUCAUACGACAUGGACAGGGACAUGCUCUGGCGCUGGGACCAGGUGUUGAAGACGCACCCCAACGGGAUGCGCUUCUCUGCGUUCGGCGAGGACGGGGACCUCCUUGCGACAAAUGAGUAUUUCAGCGUUGGGGGAGGAUUCGUGGUCAACGAGAAGACGAAAGUCGAUGAGAACUUGUUUUAUAAGGGCGUGGAUAAGAGCGUCGUGCAUGGUGCGCGGUUGCACCAGACUCAUAGCUCCGAUGUUGCUCCAGGGGAGCCGCCUGCGGAACCAGAACCUGGUCAACCGCCAUAUCCGUUUGUCUCCGGAGACAGCUUGUUAGCACUCACACAAAAGCACAAUAUGACUAUCGCACAGGUUGUCUACGAUAACGAGCUGUCAUUCGGAUACACACACGAGGAAAUCCACCAGAAGCUGAUGCGGAUCUGGAGCGUCAUGGACGACUGCAUCCGCAUAGGUGUGUCCUCCGCGGAGGAGAAGCUUCCAGGGAGAUUAGGUCUCAGACGCCGCGCGCCCAUGCUCUAUCGGCGGCUCAUGCGGGGUUUCUAUCCGGGCCUCACCGCGCCAAUCCUGCCUGCCAUCGGGGCCGGAUCCAUGCCCUCCGGGAGCAUCAGCCCCCCCGAAGGCGAGGAGUACACACAGCCGGACAAGGCGUUCUUCCCCGACAGCGCGGAGGGGCGCAAUAUCUCCGUGGCGCGCGCUGCUCGGGUAGUCGGCUCGUUUAUGCACCCCGUGCUGCCUAUGCCCCCCCGCAAGACGAUGAUCCCUGCGAUGGACUUCUUGUCGUGCUAUGCGAUAGCAGUGAACGAGGUGAACGCGAGCGGGGGACGCAUCGUCACCUCACCCACAAAUGGUGCCGCUGGUGUCAUCCCGGCUGUGCUGAAGUAUAUCGUGGAGUUUGUUAGCGACGAUCCGGAGAAGUCUGUCGUGACAUUUUUGCUCACGGCCGCUGCAAUCGGCAUGCUCUUCAAGCGUGGUAGCACAAUCUCUGCUGCGGAAGGAGGCUGCCAAGCUGAAGUGGGCGUUGCGUGUUCCAUGGCUAGCGCUGGUUUCGCUGCAUGUAUGGGCGCUACGCCGGAGACUGUUCUACAGGCUGCUGAGAUCGGUAUUGAGCAUAACCUUGGACUGACGUGCGACCCCAUUGACGGUCUAGUCCAAGUACCAUGCAUCGAGCGAAACAGCUUGGGAGCUGUGAAAGCUGUCACGGCAGCGCAGCUCUCACUAGCAAGCUCAAAUGUAUACAGUGUCACGCUGGAUGAGGCGAUCGAGGCUAUGCGCUUGACCGCGGUUGAUAUGAGCGUAAAGUACAAGGAGACCAGCUUAUCGGGCCUUGCGAGGACGGUUAAGAUCCCUCUCACUGUACCGGCUUGUUGA